AUGAUUUUUCAGCUGCUGGCUGCCCUGGCUAUCGUCUCCCCUUGCUCCGCGUACCUCUUCCCCUCUUUGGCUCCCCACUCCUAUUCCUCGUUGCUCCCUCGUGUAAACUCACAGCUCUGUCCUUUUCCUCGCACUAGUUCUGCAGUUUUUGGGCUCAAUCGUCACGUGAGAGCAGAACAAAGAAGUUUUGGAGCUGCUUCCGCCUUGAACAUGGUCACUAUCAGCGACCUUGACGAAGAGUACGAGAUCGACUACAGACAGGCUGACUUGACGGGCCAGCGGCUGUUCGUCACUGGCCUUCCCUCCUCCAUGGACGAUCUUCGGCUCUACCUUGCGUUCGAGGGUUUCGGAACCAUCCUUGAGGCGCACGUUGCGAAGCCUGGGCUGGGUUUCGUUGUGUUUGAGGACCCGGAGACUGCAGACGAUGCUCUCGAUGCCAUGGCGAACACGGAGAUCUCGGGGAAGGAAGUUCGGGUGAAGCGAGCUCGAUCGUUCUACAUCAAGAAGGAGGAGGAGGCGCGGCUGAAGAUGGCGAAGAUGGCUAAGGACCGUGAGAUGAAGAUGAAAAUGAUCGCGAUGGAACAGAACGAGAGGGCCAGGAUGCUUGAGGAGGAGCACUACAUCGAUUCGCACCUGUCAUCCCAGAGACCUCUCAGUGCGCACAUGAGGGACUUUGACCCCCGCUUCAAGAAGAGAGCUAUCAUCCAGGAGAUGCACGAUGAGGGGAUGCUGAGCAACGUCUAUGAGAACAUCACGUUCGUGAGGAGGACGACUGAGGCCGCCCUUGCCAGUGUUGCUCAGGGAAAGGCUGCUAUGGGGCAUUCUGCUAUGGGGCAAGAGCGUCGGUGGGUUCAUAACAACCUGAUCUCCCCCAUCAUCAUCAUCAUCAUCGGUGUCCCUUUCAUCCUCAUUUUCGUCAUCUCCUUCACUCCCUAUGACCGCGCUCCGACAUCCUCGCUUUCGCUGUCUCAUGACUGA